GCAGCCCCUCCCCCGGCCAGGCUGGAAUCCAGCAGAACUCAGAGCUGGGUCCCUGCCAGGCCUCCAGGGGCGCCGUCACUGCUUGUGCUCAGGGGGAGCUCCAGGGUCCGCCCUGGCUGCCCCCCAUCCACGCUUUCCCAGCCUUGGUAGCCCCUGCCUGGAUGAGCCCCCCAGCUUCCACCAGUCAGGCCCAGGCGCUGCCAUUCCUUCCUCGCCCCCCUCACCCUGUGACCCCCCCCCUCCCUCAGCGGGGUGGCCCAGGGACAGGCUCUGCUCCUGCCCUCCAGGCCCCGGGCUUGGGCGGGUCAGUCAGGCCUGCCAGGGGGGCUUCGGAAGGAGUUUGAGGGAGAUCAGGUGAGGCCCAGCUGGAGCGUUUUUAGCCCAAGGAAAGCGCUGGGUGAGGCGGGCAGGCUGGAAGGUCUGCUGAGAAGGGCUCCAGCCAGGCUCCUCCUCCAGGCCAGAGGACACGCCAUGGGGCUGCUUCCUGGGUCAGGCAGUGCGUCAGCCUCGCCAGGCCUUUGAGUUCAAAUCCACCUCCUGUUAAUGGCCUGUUUUGGUUCAUGGCUGGAUAUACUGAUUGAGCUGCCUUUGGCUGAUGCUCGAGGGUUUUGUAGAGUCUUGUUCACCUUUUUUAAUUUUUUUGAAACUUUUUCAAGAAUUGGAAAUGGCUUCAGGGCCCCAUUUAUCAAUAACACACCCCACAGGCUCUGGAACCCUGGACAUUCCUAGUUGAAUACAUUUCUUUCUUUCUUUUUUUGUUAAACCCUCACUUUCCAUCUUGGAGUCAAUACUGUGUAUUGGUUCCAAGGCAGAAGAGUGGUCAGGGCUAGGCCAUGGGGGUCAAGUGACUUGCCCAGGGUCACACAGCUGGGAAGUGGCUGAGGCCAGAUUUGAACCCAGGACCUCCCCUCUCUAGGCCUGGCUCUCCAUCCACUGAGCUACCCAGCUGCCCCCGGGUCAGUACUAUGUUUAAGUUUCUAUUUUGAUGCAGUUUAGAAAUAAGUUUUUCCUGUUCAUUAUCUUUGGAAGUGUUAUAAAGUCACUUUAACUAUUGUGCAUUUUCUAGACGCUUGACCAUAGUUACAUCACGCUCCUUUUUACUCUCAUUUUAAACAUCGUUCUGCUCAUGGCAGCAGUAGAGAAAAAUAUAGAUGUGUCUGAUCCAAAAAGAGAUAGAAAUGAUGGCUUCUUCGUAUGGUAGAAUUUAUAAUGUGAAUGAAACACCUGUUAGAGAAGAGAUUAAGUCCGUAUCUUUGAAGGUUUAAGAAAUAAAUAGAAACAUUUGGGUGAAAGGCAAAGUCUCUUCAGUUCUUCUGAGAGACCACUUAGCUUUCUGAGCACCCUUGUGACAGCCAUCGGGGGAUGUAUUGUUAGGUGUAUACACGUAGCACAAUCCUCCCAUCAUAGCACAAACUCCUCCUUUCCAAGGGUCAUGUCCGAGGCAAUUCUAUUAUCCCGUGUCACCCAACUGCUUGCAUCCAGGUGCUGAGUUAAACCUAUGAUUGCUUCUGUAGAUUAGUUUAUGAAUCUCUGUGGGUUGUAGUAAAUUUAAUCCAGUUCACAUAGUUACCCACCAGAAUAGAGAUUCCACACCAGCAGUGAUCUCAUUUCUAGCCUUGAACUUCUAUGGGACACCUCUGGGUACCCCAUUAAUAUCCAGGACACUGAAGGAUCACUUGAGCCCCAAGGGGCAUCUCUUCUGCCUUUCCUUCCUUCGUCCUGGCUCUGAUUCAGACACUUGAUGGUGAAGGGAAUGGCUAGUUUCACAUACCCAUCCAGUGUACCAAGACCUUCCUCAGCCCAGGUUCUCUGCAGGGCCACGAGAGAUCCACCCUCAGUCUCUACCUCGGGUUUGCUCAUUCAGACCCGUCAGUUAAAUCCCAUCUAUGUGGGCCAGAGGCACCUCCUUUGCGUCGUGAGAUACACUCUGUGUUCCCAGUGAGCCUGCCUCGCCAAGAACGUUCUUAGCCCCCAGAGUCACGGGAGGGCAGAGGCCCAGCAGUGCUCUGCAUUUGAAUUCGGCCUUAUACUUAUCUCGCCCUGCUGGGAAUGGAGCCCGUGUGUGCUCUAGGCCUUCUGCUUAUGAAGAUGUAACAAUGCAGCGUUCCCAGAUUACCAGCAGUAUAUCUGACCCAUUCCCACCGGGCAUUGGAGUCUGUAUAUCCUGUUUGUGUCUCAGUGACUCAUCUUGGACCUCAGCCGUUGACACAUCAGGCUUAACCCAGAGACAACCUGGAAAAGGCAUCAGCUGAACACUCUCUGGGGCCGUCAUUUGCUGCUCAGUCUUCCAGCACUGGAGUCAUCAGAAAUCUACCAAAAUAGUCCUAUCCAUAUUGAGCAUCUGGGGAAUUGUGCUUUUGCAUGCUUAGAAACUCAACCUUCCCGCAGACUAUUCUCCCCUGGAUGUCCAUGGGGCGUUCCAGGAUGAAAAAUAGGGAAUGGGGCAGGAAGGGGUGAAAUGAAAGGAUAUCCAGGACCACGUCUACCCUGUGUUUUCCAUGGAGCAGGUUGGAAAAGUCGAAGAGCCCUGCCAAGAAGUAUGAUAUUGUCAGAUCUGGCCACUGCCUUGGCAGUUAUUCCUCCGUCAGCCUCUUAACUACUUCUCUUGACCUUCAAUCCCCAGAUUUUCAUAGUUACAGGCCUACCUUAGAUCCUGUUUGCUGUCCUCUUCCUCCCCGGUUAUGAAACUAAGGGAGAAUCUCCCUUCAUUUGUUAAGCUAAAAGGACUAGGAAACCAUGGUGAACCUUGGCAUAUCCUGAGAGUGUGCUGGGCCAGCCACAAGGCCUGGGAAAGCUUGAACUGACACUUUUCUUAUAUGGACAAGGACCUGCUUCUCCUGUGAUGAAGUAAUGAGGGAGGAGUUGAGAUCUCCUAAUCCCCCCUCCUCAGUGGUUAUUUAUGAGUCUGAGAUCUCAGGGGAUGUCCAGGGGAGAGGGAGAGGGAGAGGUAAGGACAAGAACAAGAGGCAGAGAAAGAGAGAGAUGAAGACAAAAGACUUGUGCUGGAGGAGAGAACUGUCAUUUUUCUUUCUUUUACGUCAUUUGCCCAUAGUCUUCAUUCCAUUUACCUACUCUUCUAUUUCUUAGCCAGUACUAUAUUGUUGUUAGAUUCAAAUUAAUAGCUCCAGGUUCUUAUUUUCCAUAGUUGAUUAACAAUCAUUUGAAACAAAGAAAGAAAUAAAGGCUUAAAGUCUUAAUUUUCUACUCUAAGUCAAACCACAUGUUGAUCCUCCUGCGUGGCUCCCUGUCUGCCUCGUGUGCCAUGUUCAAGGAAGUAGAGAGACCUCAGCAUGUCCCACAGCCUUCCUAUAUUCCUCCCUGUCCCCACAUCACACAACACGCAAUGUAGGAACGCAAUACAGGAUGCAGUCAGCCAACAAUCCAGGAAGGGGAGGGGAUAAAAUUCCCUUAAUACAAUCUCCCCCUGUGAUUCUAUUGGGAGAUGAGCAUGUCGAAAUCUCCCAGAUUUACAUGUCUAGUCUCCUCAUUUCACAUAACUAGUUUAUAUCUCUAAAGAUCUUCUGGCUAGAGGUGUAUAACAUGUUGUACUUUACAACAAUAAGAGGGAAAGAAAAGAGAAAGAAAAAAAUUAUUGAUAGAUGCAUUGACAAAAUACCAAUUAGGGGGCAUCCCCCCUUGGCAGAAGAGUUUACAUUCAGAAUAAGUAUGUUCAACUCCCUUCAGUUCAAUUCAUUAUAUCCCAAAGUUCACUGUGGAUCUUUUGAUGCAGUGUGUGAUUUCUGCAGGUAACCUUAUGGUACCUUCUCCAAAAGAUCUGCUUUCUUGAUUUGGGAUAUUGGCAAGUUUCUUUUCUGAAAAAUUUCUCCAAAAGAUUUUAAACUUUGGAUUUUAGGAUAUUUAUAUAUUGUUUUGACGAUUACUGCUUUAUAGUGAAGUUUAAGAUCUGGUACUGCUAGGCCACCAUCAGUCACUUUUUUUUUUCCAUUUGUUCUCUUAAUAUUCUUGAUAUUUUCCUUCUUCCAGAUGAACUUUGUUAUAAUUUUUUUCUAAUUCUUUAAAAAAGUUUUUUGGUAGUUUGAUAGGGAUGGCACUGAAUAAGUAAAUUAAUGUAGGUACGAUUGUCAUUUUUAUUAUAUUAGCUUGUCUUACCUGUUUUUCUUCCUUUUGGAUUUUGGAGAGGGUCAACUGACCACAUGAAAUGAAGAGUCAGUUAAUAAAUUAUUUAAAAUGAAGAAAUGGUGCCUCUUGCAAAUUCAAUCAUUACCCUGUCAGUGUCUUUCUUUUGAGUUAGCUCUAUCAACAACAUAUUAUACUUUACAUUCCAGUAACAAAUAGCAUGCAUCAUAAAGCAAAGACAGAAUGUUUUGGCUAUGACAGAUCGAUCAUACCCAGUGGUUCUGGAAAGUCAGUUUGACACAAGACUGCUCUUCUUCACUUAGCUGAAAUCAGAGACUGCAUCCUUAUAAUUCUAUGGAAUCCUCUUCAUGCUUUCAUCUAGAUAAGAAUAUUUCAGCCAUUUAGGAAAUUAAGUAGAGAAUUCCUUUUUCUUUGUUUUUUUUUCCUCAUUGAUCACUAGUAAUAUUUUCCUUUAGACUAUACAGUAUGCUACCUUCUCAGAAACUCUUCAAAAAACUGUUCUUAUCAGAUCAACUCUGACUCUUGUGAUGAGAAGGAAUUUUAGAUCAUCUUCUCUCUUUCUCCUCCACAGCAUCUCAUACUUCACCCAGAGAGUACUUCUCAUCUCCCUGAUUCCACAGGGAAAAGCAUUUCAAAGAUACUUCUCCAGGUUUUGUCCUUCACAACAUGAUUCACAAAAUGCCUUUGUCAGUAUUCCAUUGGAACCUGAAUGACUGGUCGUCAGUGCUGGCUCUGAUACCCUUCAAGGAGUCAAUAACAUUCAAGGAUGUGGCUGUGAACUUUACCCAGGAGGAGUGGUGCCUAUUGGACCAUUCUCAAAAAGAGCUGUACCUGGAAGUUGUGCUGGAGAACAUGCAGAAUCUAUUCUCUGUGGGGCUUCCUGUUUCUAUGGAACAUUUUAUCUCCUGUUUUCAGCAAGGGAAAGCACCAUGGCUGCUAGAACAAAAAGGCCCAAGGAGCUCCUGCCCAGGCCUCCGUGACAUUCAAGGAUGUGGCCGUGGACUUCACCUGGGAGGAGUGGAGGCUCCUGGACCCUCCCCAGAAGGAGCUGUUCUGGGAGGUGAUGCUGGAGAACUACAGGAACCUGGUCUGCCUGGGUUGGGAAUUGAGGCUGCAGACCAAGGAGUCAGCUCCCAAGAUGAGUAUUUCUAUGAAAGUCUUAUCACAGGAAAAGUUCUUGGAGGAUGAUCCAAGAAUCUGCAAGAUGGAGAAAGCCUGGGAGUGUGAUGGCAGAUUGAAGAGAAAGCAGAGCAUGGAGGGGAAACCUUCUAGAGGAAUAAAAAUAAUCCAAGCAGAACCUCCCAGUGAGGCUGGAGGCUCUGCAUAUGAUAAAUACAGUCAGACCUCUAGCCCAGAACCAGGACUUUUUCCACAACAGGGAGCAUCUGUAGUUAUGCAGGGCCAGAAAGGAGAUAACCAGAGAGGGCGUUCCACCAGGUAUUUGAACCAAGGACAAAGUGAUCAAAUCCAUUCCAGGAAGAAACUUCGUAAGGUUAACAAAUGUCAGAAAGUGCUGGGUCCUGAUUUGGGCUGCAUAAAAAAAUGUGGAAUUCUUUCUGAAGAGAAAGUUCAUGAAAGGGGGAAUUCUUUCCCUAGUAUUAAUGAACUUGGUCCACACCAGACAACUGAUAGGGGAAAAAAGUGUAAUGAAUUAACUAAACAGAGAAAGACAGGUCGUGCUAAACAAUACUCUCAUUGUCAGAGUAGAGAGAGACGGUACAACUGCAAUGAAUGUGGAAAGGCCUUCCAGGAAAAGGGGCAUCUUAAAGCACAUUACAGAAUCCAUACUGGAGAGAAACCAUAUGAAUGCAGUGAAUGUGGGAAGACAUUCCGGUCAAGCUCUCACCUUUCAGACCACCAAAAGAGUACUCAUGCAGGAACAGGACUUCAUGAAUGCAAUGUAUGUGGGAAAGCAUUUUCUGGGAAGUAUGAACUUAGUAAUCACAGUAGAAUUCAUACUGGAGAGAAACCUUUUCAAUGCAACCUUUGUGGGAAAGGUUUUCCCUGGAGAAGCUGACUGACUCUACACCAGACAAUUCUUACUGCAGAAAUGAGAGAGACUGGCUCUACCAAGUAAUUGAAGGGACCCCAGGACAGGUUGGGGGAGAUGAGAAAAUAGGUUUGGGUUAAGGAGGGCCAGAGAUAAGCUGGUAGCUAAUCAAGGCAAAGUUUAUUGAUUAUGCUUUCCAUUAUAUAGAGAGUCUGAAACAGGCUAAGGUCUUGGGUGAGCUUCUUAUAUUCUCAGUGGAAGGUAAUGAUUUACAAGUUUGGUACAAAGGGUUUGAUUAACCUCAUUGAAUGUAGACAGUUUUCUAUAGGCUGAUAAAUCAAGGUCAAUAUGUAACUACCUACCUGAGAUUGCCAGAGAAUACUUGCAUCAGUAGUUUUUGGAAGAACAUGCAGUUACAGCAGGAGGGGUGGGAAAGGAGGGGUUUGAAGCCUCAGUCUACAUGUCUAACUUUAGCUGAGCUAUGGUUUCAGUUUUACUGAGGGUCUGCUUCGUCCCGAGCUUUGCUUUUAAGGUCUCGGGUUUUUUGCCUCCUACAUCUCUCUUUUUACCUAAAUUAGACAGGAGGAUAAACUGAAUAAAUGCUUGAUUACGUUUUUGCUUUCUGAGGUGGAAGCAGGGUAUAGACAUUUGGGUCUGAAUACCAGGGACCAGGAGUAUGUACUGAAAGAAUGACAAGGAAUAGGGUUGUGGAGGGGGAAUGAUAUCAGUUACAGAUGCAAUGGAUGGGGAUCCUUGGAGUAGUUGGACUGGGGUAAAACAAAGGGUGAGGCAGCCACUUAUUAACAUAAAAUUGGGAAAAUGUUUAAUGGAAAAGUGGCUUAGUUAAGAUUCAUCAGUCUUGGGAGGCUUGCCAACUCCAGGAAUUGUUCUGACAUAUGCACUAUUCUUAUGGCUUGUCCCCAAGUCAUGGGUUCUGUGGCUUGGGUCCUCAGGGUGGUCAUUUGUGUUCUUCAUACUCCAUUGUUCACAAAGGUCCUCUGUCACAUAUGUCUGUUGCUUCUGGCUUUAUGACUUGGUGUGGAUCCAGUAUUAGGAAAAACCUCAACCCCCAUGUUAUAUAAUUCUAUAAAAAACUGAUAGUUCUGGGAUUUGGUGAUGUUCCUUUCAAACCCAGUGUGGUUGGUAUAGAUUUAGUAUGGUAUUCCUUUUUUUUUCUGAUCAAUUUGCCUAGUCUCUGUUUACUCUAAAAAGAAUCAUUUUUCCAGCUUGUUAGUGACUUGGAAGAGAACCAAUAUCAUCCUUAUACUGUGAAUCUUAAAAUUUCUCAGACACUACCUUAAAAGGUUAGGGUUAUUCCCCAUUUAAACAAUGGAGGUAAUUGAUCUGGAAUGUAUUGAGAACUUAACCUUACUCCACCCAUACUUAGGUAUACCUUAGGGGAAGAUAAAGUUGUAAAACUCCUUACUGAACAAUGAAAAAGUCCCCAACCCAUAUUUAUAGUGAGGCCAAGCCCUUAAGCUAGGUCUAUUUUUAGAUCUAAUACAAAAAGGUGCUAAGUACCUAUGAAGGUCAAAUUAAUCACUAAAAUGUCAAGCAAGCUUAGCAAGAGGUGUGAGGAUUUAGUCUACACAGAGAAGGUGAUAACAAAAUGUGAAUUAGGUAUGGUCAGUCCUUUGGAAAACGUCUACUGUGGUUGGUAGAUGUGAAAAUUUAGGGGAUGUGACAUAGGAGAAAAUUCUCUUUAAAAGGAGGUCAGAGGCCUCUGAAGUAAUUCUGCUUUGGAGCUGAAUUGUAGGUCAGGAGUCACAGAAGGCUGCUGGGGGCUCUCUCGGUGGCUGAACUUAGUUCAACUUCCUGAGCUAAACUGGAGGGUCUCUGAACACUAGAGUUUUGCUUGGAAGGAUCUUGUGGUGAGUGAUUAGAGACUGACUUUUCUCUCUUAAGGAGAAAGGCCUAGGCCAUUGGCAUAGGCCCAAGCCCUUUUCCUAUAAUUUCCUCUUACUCUGUCUCUCUCCCUUUCUUUAAUUCCUUAAUUUGUGUUCAUUAAAAUCUCCAUAAAACCCAGCUGACUUGAGUAUUUCAUAUUUGGGAGUUUUUCCUAUGGCAACCACUUUAUUUUUUAAUAUAAAAUCAAGACACAAAAUUAUCUUUACAGUUUUGGCAAUUCAAAGUCUUGAAACCAUAUUUUCGCAACCACUGUUUUGUCUGUAACAAUACAUAAUAUAAAUUUUUUGAACACUGUCAUAACCCAUUUACCUUAAACUUUUAGUUCAUAGUACAAGUCAUAAAACACAUUUUCAGUUUUUGUAGACUCAUGCUUGCACGCGGUAUGCUUUGAUAACACUCAAUAUAUAACAAUUUAGUCAAAAACAUUUUCUUUUUUAAGUAGUUAUACCUAUGACAUGUUAAUUACAGAUUAAUCAGAGUCUUGGUGGCCAAAAGUCAUUGUUAAAAUCAUUUUUGAGUCUGCUUUGUUCAAAAAUUUGGAGAUGUUUAUUGUACAAUUGCAUUUGGAAUAAAGACACAUUCUAGAUUUUUUCCAUAAAAUGUAUAAUCUUUCAUUUCUGCUAUUUCCAUAUAGGUGUUGAGUAGUUUAAUCAACUGCUAAUGUUUAUUUAAAUUUGUUUUUUUUAUUGAUAUGUGCCAUUUAAAAAAUUUCAGUUUACUUUUGCCUUGGUUACAGUAUUAUUUUUUUAUAACAGAUCAAAAUUUUAUGAAGCUGCCAAUUAGCACCUUAGGUUUUAAUUUUCUGCUUACUGUGAAGACAGGGUUAAUAAGUUUGGGGGGGGGGCAGCUGGGAAUCUCAGUGGAUUGAGAGCCAGGCCUAGAGAUGGGAGGUUCUAGGUUCAAAUCUGGCCUCAGAAACUUCCCAGCUGUGUGACCCUGAACAAGUCACUUGACCCCCAUUACCUAGCCCUUACCACUCUUCUACCUUGGAACCAAUAUACACUAUUAAUUCCAAGAUGGAAGGUAAAGUUUUUUUUUUUAAAGUUUAUAGGAAAUUCUGAGUCUUUAGCAAUAUUAUCUAAAAGUUGUCCUGCUGGUGAUUUUAUCUUGGCUUCAUAUCCCAGUUGUUAAUGUUAAAUUUAAUGGUUGGACUUAAAUUAUAUGGAAAUAACGAGGACACUGAAAUUAUGAUAUCAAGACUGAAGUGUAUUUACCCAAAUAGAGGGCAAACAAUAAAAUAGAAAAAUGUGAAAGAGUUUAGAGAAAAUACCUAUAUUAGUCCUCAGCCAGGAGGGCUAAUAGUAAGUAACCACAAGGCCUCCUCCAAGAUGGAAACGAGGAAGGGAUUCAGCCUUUUCACUCACUCAACAAAGUAGUCCAGGAGCCAGAAUCUAAAUUGAAGUCAUGACCCAAGCCACAGAGUUCAGGGUGAAGUUCCCUUGAAGACUAUCUCCAGGAGACUCUACUUUAGGAGACUGACCCAGCAGAAGGAUUUCCUGGCUUUUUGGGUGGUUUCCUGUUCCUGUCUUUCUUCACAGGGACCAAACACAAUUUCCAAAUUGUGCAGCCCUGCCCAAGGUCAGUGUAUGUGGGAUUGACUUCUCACCUCUAGAGGUGUUAACUCUCCUCCUAGGAAUUCUGAGUUGUCACCUAGUUGUGGGUUGCAAACCAAUGUAAUGGAGGAGAUAAGUGGAAGGAGGGAGAGGAGAGAGAAGGGUAAGGAGAGUUUCUGAGUUGUCACCUACUUUAGCACAUGGGUUGCAGACAUCCCCUCACUUAUGGUUAAGUAGGAUUUAGGGUUUCAGUUAUAAUGAAUCAUGAAGAUAUUAAAGACAUUUUCAAAAGCUGACUACUGAGCAAAGUGCUCAUGGAUGUAUUCUAAUAUUUCUCAGGAUUCAUUUCUGAAUCCUUCAAUUGGUUGGGUAUUAAAUUUUGCUGAACUUAGAAAUCAAGCCUUUACUGUGAUCUGCAGUCUGGAAGGCUGGCAUGUGAUUUCAAUAGCUUCUUUGUAAUGUCAAAGACCUAAACUUAUCAUCCAAAUGAGAUGGUGCCAGUGUUCUGAAGGAAGGACUUUCAAAUGAGCUUCUGGUCUGGAUACUGGCUGUGCCAUUGUGUUGGUAUCUGUUCCUUUAUCUUGUUGAUGGCCAAUAUGAUGCUAAUAUUUCUGACAUGACACCUGUUUGAUUGACAUGCCACAACCCCCAUUCCUACUUUCCUGAAUAAAGGCAAUUCAGCUGAGUCACUCUGGAACCUCUGACAGGCUGACCUGAUGACACCACA